AUGAUCAACGCAGACUGGGUGCAAGACCGCGAGAGGGCAUUGCAAGAUGAAAUUCUGCAGCUUCGGUCCAGGCUGUCAUCGUACGAGUCUGCACGUGAACAUGCUGCCGGGUUGCUGCCGCGCAUGGAACAAAUGGCUGCUACCUGGACAAAAAGGACGCGCUGUGCUGGAGGCACCCACAGACCCCGCAACCUUGUCACUGAGCCCCUGGGGCCACAUGAUCUUCGUGGACAAGACAGCCCUCACUGUAAGAUCAAAGAGCCAUGGCCAGCACGGUCAUCUUUGACAAGGCGAAAGGUGAGCACACCUCGGAGAGCAUGUCAACAAGAUCGUCUUUUGCAACACCUAAAGAAGGCCAUGCCACCACUUUGCUUGUUGUCGGAUGUGUUCGCUCAUCUGAGAGCAAGCGGUUGCUUGAGCGCCGUACUGACAGAGGGUACUUUCCAUGAUAUUGAUGCUCAGAAGACUCUAGGCACUAUUGUCAAUGCAUUUCAUGCAGCUGCUCCAAAUCUACAAGGCCUGUCUACCUUGCUUCUCUCUCUUCAUGAGGAGCUGUCAAGGCAAUCGACGGGCUUGGAUGGUUCUAUAAGUCCAGGAGCCUCAGGAUUGGCAUCGAUGGGCAGCGAGAUUUCCAUGGAGGACGGAGCAUUGCCGAUCCCAUGA